GAAAUCAAAGAUUGGCUAGGGUUUUUCUGUAUAUAAAUCCAAACACCCUCUGUCCGUGAAGCAGUGUUCCACUCUCCCCGUCCGUCGCAGCCUUCGCCACCUUCGCCACUUUCGCCACCGUGAACCAUGGUUAAGCACAACAAUGUUGUGCCUAAUGGGCACUUCAGGAAGCACUGGCAAAACUAUGUUAAGACCUGGUUUAACCAGCCUGCUCGCAAGACAAGGAGAAGAAUUGCAAGACAGAAGAAAGCUGUGAAGAUAUUCCCCAGGCCUACUGCUGGACCGCUGCGCCCUGUUGUCCAUGGGCAGACACUGAAGUACAACAUGAAAGUCAGAGCUGGUAGGGGAUUUUCUCUGGAGGAACUGAAGGCUGCUGGCAUCCCAAAGAAGCUUGCCCCAACUAUUGGCAUCUCCGUUGAUCAUAGGCGCAGAAACCGAUCCUUGGAGGGCUUCCAGACCAAUGUCCAGAGGCUGAAGACAUACAAGGCCAAGCUCGUUGUCUUCCCAAGACGGGUCCGCAAAUUCAAGGCUGGUGAUUCUACUCCAGAAGAGUUGGCUACAGCCACGCAAGUUUCAGGUCCUUACUUGCCAAUUGUUCGUGAGAAGCCAACUGUGGAGCUAGUUAAGGUCACAGAAGACAUGAAAUCAUUCAAGGCAUAUGACAAGCUGCGUCUGGAGAGGACAAACGAACGCCAUGUUGGUGUUAGAGCCAAGAGGGCAGCAGAGGCCGAAAAGGAAGAAAAGAAAUAAGAUAGUGAGAAGGAAAGAUAUUGAGUUUUGGUAACAGCAAAUUGUUGGACUUUCUGCUGUUUCUUUUUUUAUUUAUGAACCAAACAUCUGAAUUUUCUACUAGUUAUCAGCACUAGCAACAUUACAUUUCCACCCCAUGUAUGAAUUUUUCCUUGUUUUGACCUCAUUUGCUAUGAAUCAACUUUUCCUAGUCUGCGGCUGAGACUUAU